AGAUAUGGUGUAGAUGAUUAAAAAAGGAUUUGAUAAAAAUUAAAACUAAAAUAACUAAAUAAAUUUCUAUUUAAGAUCAUUAAUUAAUAAGCAUUUUUUAGGAUAAAUAUAAAAAUGUCUUGGGAUUUGAAGAAUUGGCCAAUUUUUAGUUUUUUAGAUUUAAAUUAUGUUUCGAAGAUUCAUAUGGCACUUGUAUAUGGUAAUUUUGGUAAUGAAGCAUUAAUUGUAACAAAAGAUAAAAUGGUAUAUGCUGUUGGAAGUAACACUUCUGGAUGUCUUGGAACUGGUGAUACUUACAAUACUCUUUAUCCAAGAAGAGUUGAAGAAUUAUGCGGUAAAGAUAUAAAAACUUUUGCAUAUGGUAAAGGACCACAUGUUUUGGCUCUUACUAAAGAUGGCAAGGUAUAUUCAUGGGGACAUAAUAGUCACUGUGAACUAGGAAAUAUCUCUGCCAGUCAAGGUUUGAUUCCAAUGCUUGUAACAAAAAAUUUAUGUAAUGAAUUUGUUAUCGAUAUUGCCUGUGGAAGUCAUCAUUCUCUUGCAUUAACAAUUGAAGGAAAGGUAUAUGCAUGGGGUGAAAAUACAUCCAGACAAGUAGGAAAUAGUGUUAAUAUAAAUGAAGGAACUCCCAUGAAAGUGAAUUCCACAUUAACUGACAAAAGAGUUGUUUGUAUUAGCUGUGGUCAAUCAUCAAGCAUGGUAGUUACAGAUAAUGGAGAAAUUUAUAGUUGGGGUUGUAACGAGGUUGGUCAAUUAGGAAUUGGAAAUUAUGCCAAUCAUGCGAAUCCCUGUAAAAUUACAACACUUAUUGGUAUUACGAUUGAAAAAGUAGUAUGUGGUUAUGCACAUGUUUUGGCCUUGUCUAAUACAGGAGUUUUGUAUGUAUGGGGUGGUAACUAUUGUGGACAAUUAGGUCUUGGCAUGAAGACGAAUAUUUGUAAUCCAGUACAGCUCAUAGUGCAAGAAAUGGGAAGAGUAUUGGAUAUAGCAGCUUCGCAUUAUAGUCACAUAAGUAUAGCUAUGGGAGAAAGUAAUCAAAUAUUUAUGUGGGGCGAGUGUCUAGGACAAAGCAUUACAAUUCCAACACUUACUGGUUUAAGAUGCAUACACGAUGCUUUUGCGCGUUAUGCAUCACCGAACGUUAUGCAUCAACCACUUAUUCUUCAUGGAGAAGAAGAGACUGUGGGUUUAAUAGAUUGUUUCAAAGAAGCAUUUAAUGAUCAAGCUACGAGUGAUCUCGUUAUACAAAUACAAGAAGAAUCUAUUUAUGUGCAUAAAGCUGUUUUAAUGAUACGUUGUCAAUAUUUUCGUACGAUAUUUUCAAAAACAUUGGCCACAAAUAACCAGAAGAAAUUUAUAAAACAUCAUAAAUUUUCUUAUAACGUGUACAAAGCUUUUUUGAGAUAUUUGUAUACCGACGAACUCGAUUUACAUCCAGAAAAUAUGCAAGAACUUUUAAAAUUAGCGAAUACUUAUUCUGAAAAUCAAUUGAAAAAACAAUGUAUACAAAGAAUGAAGGAAGGGAUAACAGUUGAAAACGUAGCUUUCCUGUAUAGUAUAGCUAUUGAAAAUAAUGCCAAGGAAUUGGAGGAAUAUUGUUUCAAAUUCGCAUUAAAUCACAUGACUGCUAUAGUACAGACAGCAAGUUUUGCUAAUCUGAAUGAAAAUAUGAUAAAAAAUUUUAUAAUUAAAGCUGCACAAACUGGAGCUUUUAAAACAUAAUUUAUAAUAUAGUAUUGUAAAAUA